UAACACUCUGUGACCAGCAGGCGGCGCUCCAGCUACACACACAAGAACCCACGUGGGACAUACACGAUACAAUUGCCCAGCUUAUUUGUCAAUCGACUGUUCCUCUUAUUCUGCACCCAGACAACACUACUACAUGAAAUUAAUUUGAUAUAAACGCGGCAAGUGCUGCUAAAAGCACAUUAAUUCAGAAUCAUGUAAUAGGGUCUCCCCGCCCCAGAGCUGCGGAUGGUCCGUUCCAAAACCCGGAAGUGCUGAGGAAUAAGUUUAUUGGAAGCGGAGCAUGUGUAGCUGCGGGCGCGCGCUUAUGUAUAUGCAAAUGAGAUGUUAAUGAGAUGCUAAUGAGGCGUGUCUGACAGCGGUGUCACACUGAUUUGGGCUGAGGGGAAGGGACACCCCAGAGCUUCCAUAGGAGACUUGUCGGCUGUCGGUGGAACGAGCUUGAGCCGCUGUCCUGCAAGUCCCCGGGUUAAAGCGACACAAUGGAACCUCCAGCCGGGGGAGGCGGAUAUGCAGGGGGACCCCCGCCGCCUUCCAAGAGCAACAAGGAGAAAAAGAAGCCGAAGGGCCAAGACGAAGGUGGAGAUGGAAAGUCCAAGAAAUUUACCUUUAAGCGGCUGAUGGGAGAUGAGCUGAGAUUUACCAGUAUGCGGGCGAAGAAAGAAAAGGAGAAGCCUUAUGCGCCGCACAGAAAUUCCACUAACUUCACAGACAACGCGAGCCCCCUCCAAACCUUGCAGGAACUUGAAGAUGAAGUCGUGCUUCAGCUGUUUGAAAAAAUGCUGGAUGAUAUGAACCUCAAUCUGGAGAAGCAGCAACCGCUACGAGAGAAGGACAUAAUGAUAAAAAGAGAGAUGGUGUCCCAAUAUCUGCACACAUCCAAAGCCGGCAUGAGCAAAAAGGAGAGUUCUCGUUCUGCAUUAAUGUACAUUCACGAAUUAAAGUCUGCAAUAGGAGAAGGUUCCCUGCUUGCUUGCUUAGAGUCACUAAGAGUAUCUUUAAAUAACAAUCCUGUCAGCUGGGUGCAGAAUUUUGGUGUUGAGGGUCUUUUGUGCCUUUUAGAUAUUCUCAAAAGAAUACAGGAUGAGCAAGCAUUCAUGCGGGAUACGAAAAGCGAACAUGAGAUCAUCCGAUGUCUGAAAGCUUUUAUGAAUAACAAUUUUGGAAUUAAGACAAUGCUGGGCACAGAAGACGGGAUUUUGCUGUUAGCAAGAGCAGUAGAUCGAUCUGUCCCUGCGAUGAUGAUUGACUCUUUGAAGCUGCUUUCUGCCCUGUGCAUCCUCCCCCAGCCAGAGGACAUGCAUGAACAGGUUCUUGAAGCCCUCACUGAAAGAGCAGAGAUGGAGGAAAUGGAACGAUUUAAACCUCUUCUAGAUGGGUUAAGCACUGGAAGUCCCGUGGCCCUGAAGGUGAGCUGUAUGCAACUAAUCAAUGCAUUGAUCAGCCAAGGAGAAGAGUUAGAUUACCGAGUUCACAUCCGAAGUGAACUGAUGCGCUCAGGACUGAACAAGCUCCUAAAGGAAUUACAUAAUACUGAAAACGAAGACCUGAAGGUGCAAGUUGCUAUUUUUGAAGAGCAUUCUGAACUUGAUUCUGAUGACUUGCGAGGACGUUUGGAUGACAUCCGCAUUGAAAUGGAUGACUUCAGUGAUGUUUUCCAAGUCUUGCUGAAUACCGUCAAGGACUCUUCCGCAGAACCAUUGUUUCUUUCCAUCCUCCAACAUCUUCUACUAAUUAGAAACGAUUACGAUGCCAGGCCACAAUACUAUAAAUUGAUAGAUGAAGUUAUAGCACAGAUAAUCCUUCAAAGAAACGGUGCUGAUCCAGACUUCAGAUGCAAGCAUGUAAACGUCGAAAUUGAAAAUCUGAUUGAUCAUUUAAUUGACAAAAAGAAAGUAGAAACAAGUGAGGCAAAAGCACGGGAUCUGGUGAAAAAGUUGGAUCUAGAGCUAACCGCACGCCAUGAGCUCCAGGUGGAAAUGAAAGCCAAAGAGAAUGAUUUGGAACUGAAAAUAACAGAGCUGCAGGGGGAGAAAGAAGCUUUAGGUUCCGAAAAGCAACAGAUCGUUGCUGACAAGCAAAAACUGGAGACAGAACUCACCCAGCUUGAAGAGAAGGUUGAAAAAUUGUCAAAGGAACUUGAAGUUACCAAAGAAGAAAUGGCAUUGAUGUCCACAUCUGCUGUUUUAAUCCCUGUACCUCUUUCCUCUGGAAAUGUGCCACCAGCACCUUCACUUCCUCCCUCCACUGCCAAUCCUCCGGCACCCCCUCCUCCACCACCACUUCCAGGUGGAAUUGGUAUUCCAGCCCCUCCCCCACUUUCAGUUGGUACUUGUAUUCCUCCACCUCUCCCACUUCCAGGUGGCACUUGUAUUCUUCUACAUCCCCCACUUUCAGAUGGCACUUGUAUUCCUCCAACUCCCCCAUCUCCAGCUGGCUCUGGUAUUCCUCUGCCUCCCCCACUUCCAGGUAACUCUGGUAUACCUCCCCCACCGCCAUUUCCAAGUGGCCCUGGAAUUCCUCCUCCCCCUCCCCUAUUUCCUUCUGGUCCAGGAGCUCCACCUCCACCACCAUUUCCUGGUGGCCCUGGUGUUCCACCUCCACCACCAGGAUUUGGAGGUUGGGGGGCACCAGCACCCUUACCAUUUGGCUUGGCUCCUAAGAAGGUUUAUAAGCCAGAGGUGCAACUGAAGAGACCCAACUGGUCAAAGAUCACUCCUACUGAGCUCUCGGAGAAAUCUUUUUGGACUCAGGCAAAAGAAGGCCGUUACGAAAAAGAAGAGCUGUUUGCUAAACUAACCCUCACGUUUUCUCAACAAACCAAGUCUUCUAAAGCAAAAAAAGGUGAAGAAGGUGAUGACAAAAAAGCUGUACAGAAGAAGAAAGCAAAGGAACUCAAAGUGUUGGAUUCCAAGACAGCCCAGAACCUGUCAAUCUUCCUUGGUUCGUUCAGAAUGCCGUACCAGGACAUCAAAAAUGUCAUCCUAGAGGUGAACGAAGAAGUGUUAACUGAAUCAAUGAUUUCAAAUCUGGUCAAGCAGUUACCAGAACCAGAUCACUUACAGAUGUUGGCAGAGUUCAAGGAUGAGUACAAGGAUUUGGCAGAGCCAGAGCAGUUUGGAGUAGUGAUGUGCAGUGUCCCCCAAUUGCAGCCACGACUCAAUGCCAUUCUCUUUAAACUUCUCUUUAACGAGCAAGUUGAAAAUAUUAAGCCAGACAUUGUGUCGGUGACAGCUGCUUGUGAAGAAGUGCGAAAGUGCCAAAGCUUUGCUGGUCUCCUGGAAAUCAUACUGCUGGUUGGGAACUACAUGAACGCUGGAUCAAGGAACGCUGGGGCUUUUGGCUUUGACAUUAGUUUUCUUUGCAAGUUAAAAGAUACCAAAUCAGCAGACCAGAAAACAACGCUGCUACAUUUCCUUGUUGAGACUUGUGAGAAUGACUACCCUGAUGUAUUGAAGUUUCCAGAUGAGAUGGUUCAUGUAGAAAAGGCCAGUAGAGUGUCGGCUGAAACAUUGCAAAAGAACUUGGAUCAAAUGAAAAAGCAGAUUGCAGACCUUCAGACAGACAUUGAGAGCUUCCCACCAGCAGAAGAUGACAAGGAUAAGUUUGUAGAAAAGAUGGCAAUAUUUGUCAAGGAAGCUCAAGAACAGUAUACAAAACUUUGCAUGAUGCACGAAAACAUGCUGUCGUUGUUCCAAGAUUUGGGGAAAUACUUUGUGUUUGACCCCAAGAAAACUUCCAUUGAAGAGUUCUUCUCAGACCUGCAGAAUUUCAGAAACAUGUUCUUGCAAGCUCUCAAAGAUAACCAGAAGAGACGGGAAACAGAGGAGAAGAUGAAAAGAGCCAAACUUGCCAAGGAGAAGGCAGAGAAGGAGAGGUUAGAGAAGCAGCAGAAGAAAGAACAAUUGAUUGAUAUGAAUGCAGAGGGUGACGAAACUGGUGUGAUGGACAGUCUGCUUGAAGCUUUGCAAUCGGGAGCCGCAUUCAGAAGGAAAAGGGGUCCCCGGCAAGCUAACAGAAAGGCCGGCUAUGCUUUCACCUCACUGCUAGCGGCGGAGCUCACUAAAGAAGAUGCAAUGGCCCCAGUGGCCGCUAAGAAGCAAAAACCCACUUAGACGGAUUUGAUAGAAAAGGACGUAUGACUGUAUGAAGAUUCCCAAGAUAUGCUUACACGAGCAAGUUAACGGGGCAGCUUACAACCACGUUUAAGCUUAUGUAUAGGAAACCUUUGUGGAACUUUGCAGAUCUCAGAAUAUGAUCAACACUGAAUCACUUUGGACUGUCAUUGAGGAAACAAGCAUGGCACUUUGUUCCAUUAGUAGUUUAAUAAUUUAUAUGCAGAGGUGGGGAUCAUCGGUGGUAUUUCUUUUCCUUUGUAUGCUUCGUUUCAGAAAGUGAAUGGGACAGGAGCUGUGUAACUUCAGCUUGCUAUGUAUUACAGACCUAAGUGGAGAUUGGCUGCGGUUCACAUGCCAAUGAAGGAAAUCCUGGGCUGGUAGGUUACAGGGUGAUUUUUAAGACCUGUAUACAAAGUGAAAAUAGCUUCACUCACCAAAGUCUUAGAUAGGAUAUUCUGCCUUAAAUACAGUUUCUUUGUGAUGGAGUCUCACACACCGAGGACCUUCAUAUCGGUCACUGUCCAUUUUACUUGAUGACACCAUGGAUUGUUCAAGCUUCUUUGCUGUGCCCCCAUAACGUUUCUAGGUCAAAGGAACAAACAUUUAGCUUUAGUUGCUUUGAAUUUUGAGCUCUUCUUCAUUGUUCACACUGGAUCCUUCUGUUGGUUGAUAAUGUCAUGCCUCAAGACCGCAGCCAUAUUUGUUUCUACAUUGUAUGACAUAGGAUUAUACCUCCAACCAAUCUCUCUGACAUAUCAUUUUAGUAUUACCUCUGAUAUACGCUGGCAAACUCAUUUUUAUACAAGUACGUUUGUCAUGAAUGUUGGGGCUUGGGAGUAUUCACACAAUGAGGUUUUACUGUGUUUCGAUUCAGGGUUUUUUAUUCUGUUAGGAUUCUUAUCAAUCCCUUGUUGAAAUUGAUCUAUUUUUGUAUUUUAUUUUUAAUGAAUGUAAAAUCAGAAUCUGAUGAGGUAACUGCAACAUUCAUCCGUUUUACCAUUUCAAUCAACGUUCCUGCUAUAUUGUAUGGGCAAGAAUGGAAGACCAAGAACAAAAAUAGACCUAUAUGGUUGUGGUCUCCAGUGACAUGGAACUAGCCACUACGAACAACAUAUGAACAUGGAAAGCCAAAAACACCAGCAGAGAUCUGUGCAAUGUAGUAAAUCCCGACCUGAACCGGCCCUCCCUCCACUCGCACUUGCCCAAGCCCGACUCCCAGUUUCCUUUUAUAGCCCUGCCGAUGACAUCACAAAAGGGGCGGGGCAAGCAGGUGCAUGGCUAUAAAACUGGAAGCCGGCAGUGUAAGGUGGCGGGCAGGGAGAGCAGGAAGAAGAGCUCAACCCGGACCCUCCACCUGCAAAUGGGGGUGCAAAGUUGGCCCGAAACCAACCCACCCGCGUGUAUCGGCCCGGCCUGCACAUCACUAGUGCAUUUUGCAGGUCUACAGAACAAUAAAUAAUUGUUGCAACUCAGUGACCACCCCCUCCAAAUAAAAACAACUUGGGUGAUUCAUGGCCUGUUUUUGCAAGGUUGCAAUUUAGCCGAUACCAACUGAUUCCAAAUUCAUAUUAGAAGGUUUUCUGCUUUGGUAACAAAGCUUUGCUCAGAUACAUUUGGAUUGUGUUUAAUAUGGAAACUCAAUCAAUUUCAGUAUUUGGUCAUCUCUUUUAUGGAGGGUUCUGUACUUAGCUGCAUCCAUACAUUAAUAACAUGGUGUGUCCCUUUAAGGCUUUGAUGAUAAUAGCGAGAGUAUCGCCAGGACCGUAUAAUGCAGCCCCAAUUUUGGCCCUGUGUAGGUGUCACUGUUGAUUUUCAUCCUUCCGGAAAAAAAAACAACUGUACCAUUAAUAUGAAUAUUUAGUCACUGCAAGGGCGAUGUUUUUCUUUUAUGAUUAUGCAGAUGUAUUUCUCAAAUGCUGGAAUGUAUUUAAACUUGUAUUUUGUUCUAUACACUAUACAUUAUAUAGGUUCAGAUUUAUAUGUUUAUUUUAUUUUAGGGGGAAAAAAAGCUAGAAUCAAACUGGAGUAAUUAUUAUUAUGGCUUAUUAUUGCCCAUCUUGAAAUGAUUGCCCAAUUUGUACUGUAUCAGUACCAGAUAAAAUGGAAGGAGAAGAGAGGCACUGUGCUGAUUGGUACAUAUACGCAUUCCUGAUGGAAGGGUAUUAAGAAGAAGCAGAAAAAUAGCCAGUAAUACAUGUAUUUUAUUAUUUAGCACCCACUCUUAUGGCGCAUUCACACAUUCUGUGCCGGUAUUACUGUAUUAUGAUUCCCCGUCUGUUCUGUCUUCAUUUAUUGUUCACAAGGUUUACAUUGGCGGCAACUGGAAAAGAACAUGUGUUCCUAGUAAAAUAAAAGACAUAUAAAUCCAUAGUUGGGGCUUUAUAGAAGUCCUUGACAGUGGCUAUAAGGUCUCAAAAGCCAGUGGCACUGAACUUUGUAUUGAAUGUACCUCUUCUGGGGCAAAUAAGCCCUCCAAUGAGUGUAAAACUCUGGUGAGCCAGUUGAUUGGCUGCUUGAGCACCAGUAUUGAAUCACUAUAGGUAAGUGAUGUGCGGGGAGGUUUGAGCUUCGAUCGCAUAACUACUACCUUCAAGCACUUUCUUUGUCAUGAAACUUGUUUGACGCAGCACUAUUCAGUUUGGCUGCUUACAUUUGCCUAAAGGUGGCCAUAGACGCUCAUAUAAUUUUGUACGAAACAAAUUUUCUUACGAUAUUCUGUGUGUGUAUGGUGGGAAACGAGCCAAAC